GCUAAUGCACUGGAACUGUUGCUUGACUUGGCCACAUUGGACACUGGGGAUGAGGAUGAUCUUGUCCUGACCACGGACAAUUCACAUGGUGAGAUGCCGCAUCUAUUCAUGGAAGUACCCCGUUUGCCUGCACUCCUGUGGACCGGAUUAACCACUCGCAAGCUGGGUUCUCUGACUCCGGGUCAAACGAAACCAGUCACGCUCGAGCUAAUUCCCACGGUCACUGGACUUCAGACUAUCCCAAGUCUCAUCAUUCAUGAAUUGACAAUGGAUCGCAACUAUGAAUUCAACGACCUAGGUCAUGUGCUGGUCUGUGUUGUUUGA